AUGGCGACUUCAGAAGAAGUGGAGGAUCAAGCUGUAACCUUUGAAUCUCUGGUAAGGGUUUUCCUUGCGUCUUAAAUUGCAGUCUAGUGAUUUUAGGUGCGUAAAGGUAUAAAAUUUGAUCUUUUUUCUAGGGCAUUGUUGACGUUCUUUGUGAAGCUUGUCAAAAGUUGGGCUGGAAAUCUCCGACCAAAAUUCAGAGAGAAGCGAUUCCCGUGGCUUUACAAGGUAUUAGAAAGACCUCAGUUCAAAUCAGUAAUCCUCUAUUCUUCUACUUUUAAUUUUUUACAGAAUUCAGUACCUACUAGUCCAAACUCUUUGAAAAUUAUCGCUUUCAACAAAUGUUAAGUGAUUAUAUAUUGUGUAUCCCGCAGGAGAUUGAUACGGUUAUCAAUUUCCAUCUAGAUUUAUUCAAUAUUGUGGCUUCAAAAAAAUUAUAUGUCUUAUAUGGAAUGCCAAUUCAGUAAUCUCUGCAAUUUGAUAGUGAAGUUUUUUUACUUCAGUAGUUAAUCACAUGUAUGUAAUCAAUCUUUUAUAACAACAAUAUACUUCUUUAAUCAACCAACAAAGCACUAUCUAAAAAUAGAUACAACAAAUCAUGGUGAAAUACAUUUGGCCUGCGAAUGUCGCCAUCUCUCGUCCCAAGUGGCGAGGAGUGAGAAGAAACGGCCAUCUUCGCAGGCUAAUGGAGAAAUGGUGAACAUGUUUUUGUGACAAAGGUGGUGACCAAUUCUUUUCAAGGAAGUUGAAUCCUUUGAAAAAAGAAUGGUUUCUGUGAAGUGUCCUGAAAUAUAAUUUUUUUUUCAAAGACUAUGAUUGUAAGUCUUAGCCCCCAAGAGCCUUCUGUAGCUCAAUGGGAGAGAGUAUAUUAUGACGUAAUGAUCCGAAGGUCAUAUAUAAUUAUAGUGGUGUGACUCCUUUCGGGAGAAUCCAGUUUUUUUCGUUUGUUUUGUUUAUGAUUUUUUUUCCUUUUUGCUCAGGAAAGGAUAUUAUUGGUUUAGCUGAGACAGGAUCUGGAAAAACAGGUGCAUUUGCACUGCCAGUUCUUCAGACACUGCUAGAAAAUCCUCAGAGGUUAUAUGCUCUCGUUCUUACUCCGACAAGGUUCGUCUUGGCCCUAUGCUAGUUUUACAUAAGGAUUAUACAUAUUUAUAUACAUCACAUAUUUAGACUACAAGAUUUUUUUUACCUUUCCUGUUUUGCAGGGAACUGGCAUUUCAAAUUUCGGAACAGUUUGAAGCAUUAGGGUCAACUAUAGGAGUAAAAUGUGGUAAAUGUUGUAGUUAAUUUUUUAUCUCAGGUAGUUUAUAUUUGUCCUUUGUUUCAACUUUACUGGCAUACAUUACCAUACCUAAAAACAAAAGAAAAACCAAAAUUACCUGAGAUAAAAAAAUAGCUUCAACAUAAGUAUUGUUAAUAAUUUUAUUGUACACACACUGGUGCUUCCUAAUAACCUAAAAUAAAUGCUAAUGUCAUGUUUCACAAAUUAAAUGCAGACAUAAUUACAUUAAAAUUAAUAAGAAACAAUAAUGAAAUAGGCCAUCAAGAAAUGAUGAUAUAGGUAUUUCCAUUUUUAUAGCCUUUUGUAGCAUGUAUUGGUUAGCUGUGAGCUUCAACUUUCAAUAGUUUCUUGGUGUUGCAGAUGGUGUAAUAAGCAAAUGUCAAACAUGUAGACAGAAAAAAACACUGAACAAUGCCUACACCACCCCACAAUACCUAAUCAACAUUACAAUAAAUAAGAAGAAACACUAAGAAACACUCUCACUGAUUUCCUCAUGAUCAGAGAAAUAAAACAAUAAGUCUUACCAAGAACUACAGUACAUUAUUUUGUGUACAUGCAGCUAACUUUGCCUAACAGUAAUAUUUUUGUGAGGUUGGUGAUACAUACAAUGUACAUAAUGCAACAAAGACUGAUCAUGCUUACACGUAGUCCCAGACCCACUGCAGAUUUCUCUUAAUUUGUAACUUUUUUGUGACCAUGUCCACUGAUCACAUCAAUCUGUUUGCAGCUGUGAUUGUAGGAGGAAUUGAUAUGAUGUCUCAAGCUCUGAUGUUGGCAAAGAAACCUCAUAUUAUUAUAGGUUUGUAAAAUGAUGUUUUUAAACGUCCUUUCCUUUUUUCUUUUGUAACUUUUCAAACUUUGUUAGUACAUAGUUUGAAAAUUUCAAACCUGGGGACUAAAUAAAUAAAGUAUGUUUCCUUCAUGAAUUACUUAAAUUUUACAAGUUGUUUUACUCUUAUUAACUCAUUUAAUGUAAAUGUUUCAGCAUCUCCAGGAAGGCUGAUAGAUCAUUUGGAAAACACAAAAGGAUUUAACUUAAGAACAUUGAAGUAUUUGGUAGGUUACUAAUCUUCAAACUGGCUUUACAUUUCAUGCUACUAAUAGAGCAAAAAUUUUUUUAGAUCAUUGAAUAAUAUUAACUAAAUAGUUUCAAUUUUGGUUUUCCUUAGAUCAUGGAUGAAGCUGACAGAAUAUUAAAUCUUGAUUUUGAAAAAGAGGCAAGUGAAUAUUUUACCUAGACAUGUACUGUAGCUAAAAAAAACCAUUCCAAGUUUUUCAUCUAGAUUAUUAAUUUACAAAAGAGAUGAUCUUACAGUAAACUUUCACCACAAACAUUAUAUCGUCCCAACUAACUGCCCCUGGGUCUCCGAGGAUGCAGGGAUUGUAUCACCUGCAGAGGUGCAUUUUUGCAGCCUGGGUUAAGACCCUAUUAUUCAAAGACCAUGUCCCCCCAAACUAUCCAAUAAAUGCUUGCAUACCCUCUAUAGAUUCCAGGCUUUCACUAUUUUCUAAAGUUUGCUAUUAGUAUUAAAGCAGACCUUUUGCUCAGCAAGUUUAGCUUUAACCCAUUCGCCCCUUAAACACCUGUAACUGCCCUGCAUGCAGAUCCAUGGAUUCCUAACAUAGCACUUGUGGCGUAUAAGUUUUUAACACACACACAUUGACACAAAUAUAUUGCCAAAAAUAAAUGUAGGUGAAGUGAAGGCUAAGAUGAUGUAUUACGUGUCAUUUUCUGGGUUUCACAUUAAUUGCCUUUUUUGUUCAUUCAUUGUGGAGCAGCAGUGUUUUGUGAGGAGUUGGAAAGGCUACUGUCAUUUUUUGUGGGUGCAUCUUGUGCAUUGUAUUGAUGUUUUUCCUUUGCUGCGAAGAGCUGUCAACAACGUACUACAUCUCUUCCAAAGCUCGCAUAUGCAAGGAAGAAGGAGUCGCAAUAUACUUUUGACUAAUUAUAUUGAUCCUCUCUCCACUAUUUAUCCAUACUUUAUUUUACACAAGCUGCUAAUUCUUUUAUCCAACCACAUUUAUCAACUAAAACUGCCCAUAAAGUUCACAAUAAUGAUUCAACUCAUUUACUAUCUGCCUAUUAAUCAUGUCAAGUGCACUCCCUAAUGUAUGGUUACUCCUAGUUAACUACAUGACUGUGAAUUUGGUGUAGGUUGACAAGAUAUUAAAAAUCAUCCCAAAAGAAAGAAGAACUUACUUAUACUCUGCAACCAUGACAAAAAAGGUAUCCAUCUUGUCAAUUACUUAAUUAUCAGAUAGACAGUGAUCUCUGUGUGGAAGUUACAGCUGUACAGAAAACCUCUUGAUUGGAUCAGUUCUCCCAGUCCUAACCGGACCCGUGUCACAGACGAAACUGAACUCUAGUUAAGUUCAUCUGCAAAACAGCGCGGAAAUUAUUGUUGUGGGGCCCACCUGUGUACCAGGAUUUGAGUACAUGCCAUGAUUGGCCUGUUAAACAAGCUACUGUUGAUUUGUCAAUCAAGAUGAAAGGAAAUUCAAAAUGCACUUCUGGUAAUUUGUUGAGUCUGUUGGAGGCCCAGAACCAGGAUAUCAGGGCUGCUUCACAGAUGUUACUAACCAAGGUUAAAUUAUGUCUGUGAUGCAGGCUACCUGGUGCCAACAUUACAUGUAGUAAACUAUAUUAAUUAAUUUUUUAGUAAACUAAAUUUAAUUUAUAUCAAAUAUUAUUAAUUUGGACACAUAUGUUGUUUGGUGUCCUAUAUUAAGAAUGUUUUAGUAUUGUACUUUGUGAAACAUGUAAGCCCAUUGCAGACUUCAAUCUAAGGUCGGUGGAACCAGUUUGUACUAACAUUUCACUUGCCUAGAGUCCAUUUGAAUCCCCUUUCUGUAUUGUUAUCCUUAAUUGAUGUUUGAAGUAUCAAAACUUGUAUAAUGUUAUCCCUUUUCAUAAGAAAUGGUCUGCAAAUUUUCUCUUUCUCUCUCCCUUUUCAUAGGUUCAAAAACUUCAAAGAGCAUCCUUACAAAAUCCAGUCAAAGUUGAGGUUGCAACAAAGUAAGUUUAAAGUAUUAAAUGUUCUACUCAUGCAUGAUUAUCCUAUUUUAUCAGAAUGAAUGGAAACACAAAGCUGUGUAUGAUGUAAUAGGGACUUUACGAUCCCACGACAUGAAAGCAACGAGAACAUCAAAAACAUCAAUAGGUUAUCAAUAUGACUCUCCAUGACUUCUUGGUAGCUCAAGUGGAUAGAGUGCUCUCCCACUGUGUGGGAGGACAUAGGUUCGAAUCCUGUUGCGGACUCAGAUUUUUUCUUUGUCCCACGCUGGUGACAGGCUGAUUAACUCAUUUUCACAUCGAUAGGUUUAGUAGGCAAAACAACAACUUUGCAUCUCACUUUUUUUGUACAUUUCUUUGCUGUUUUUGAACGACUACGACGUGAAAUGGCCUAAUUUUACUUUUUAGGGAGGAUAUAAACAAGCGACGACAAAAUUUUGUUCUCUUUCGAAACUUGAAUGUGGUUCUUAGAAAUUCAGCUCCGGGAGGGUUCACCUACAUUUGACAAAGAGAGUGAGUUGGAAUAAUCGUGAUAAGGUCCGAAAGAACGCAAAUUCAUUUUUGAAGCGACAUUUUCACUGCCGUUGCGUCAUUGGAUUGUAAAGUCCCUUAUGCUGAAAAAAGAAAGCACAGCUUCCCAUUCUUCCUUAAAUUAAACAGGUGGCUUGUGUUAUUUGUUAGUAUGGCUCAAAAAGGAGGGGUACAUGUACAUGCAGUUUGGAGAGAAGUUCAAGUUUAAAACUAAACUGGGCACUGUGAGGUCUCUAAUUGUCAUUUAAUCACUGUUAUUAUAUACUUAAUCAUAACUAUAACAAAAUUGUCAAAUCUGAUUGGCUCUCAACUGCCCUGAUUUCAGCCUUAAUUGGACAGUUUAAUAGGACAGUACGCGUCAUGCCUAAGUAAUUGGACAGUACGCGCCAUCACGCGCACGCUUAAAUGGCUUUUUUUUCACUGCCAGCAAAACAAAAUUUCAAAUUUCAUGUGUUUUGAUUUUAAAAAAAAUUGCCUAUUAUAUCACAAACUUUGUUAAAGUUAUGAUUAAUUGGUAACAGAACUUCGUGUCGUCCAAUUCGGUCUGUAAUCAUACUCGUGAUUAAACAAAUCGGACUCCCGCUGCGCGGUCGUCCGAUUUUGUUAAUCACUCGUAUGAUUACAGACCGAAUUGGACUCCACUCAGUCCUGUUACCAUUACUUGCAAUGAGUCUUGUGCUCUUUUUCUUUCUAGAUAUACAACAGUAGACAAAUUACAACAGAGUUAUUUAUUUAUUCCAAAUAAAUAUAAGGUAAUUGUGGACCUUAACUGGAGUACAUGUACAUGUAUUAUUUACUUUUGGAAAUUACUGUUGUCGCUGUAUAUAGCAAAAACAGUAAUAAUAGUAAAUACAAUAGUUGAUGUUGGUGUGAUUCCUGUAAAUGUAAUUUCUUACCUGGACUUAAAAAUUAAUACAAAUCAGUUGGUUCACAGGUAAUCAUUUUCUUGCACAAACAAAAUACCAAUUAAAGCUACCUCAUGGAAUAACAAGCCGGAAUUCCAGCUUUUUUUCUUAAGCCCUGACUACAAUAUUCUAGUUAGCAUGCGGUGACUUCAUGUGCUUCAGCAUAAACUAAUGACCACUAAUCAUUUAUAUUUGCAUAAGCUCUUUCUCUUCAACACUAGUUUUUCUUGUUUCUUUACACAGGACUGUUACCUUGUAUCUGUUCUUAAUGAAUUAGCUGGAAACACAUUCAUGGUUUUUUGUGGUACAUGCAAUAACGUGCAAAGAGUUACACUGAUGUUGAGAAAUCUAGGCCUUCAAGCUGUUCCUCUUCACGGACAAAUGAGUCAGGUAAAAACAAAAUGUGUCUUUUAUUAUCAAUCUGCAAAAACAUUGUCUUAAAGAGAGAAACUAGGGUUGAGUUUAACCUUAGAAAAGAGCGGACAUUUUGUGACGCCAUCACUGGUUUCCCUGCGAAAUGACAUCUGAGGAAAUUGUCUGCGGAACUACUGUAGAAAUUCAAUACUGAUGACGUGCACUACCCAGGUUGGUCUUGCUGCGAGGGAAAUUCUCUUCAACCAAUCAGAAGCACUACCAAGAUCUGGGUAUUGACAUGUCAUUAGUAUGGAAUUUCUGAAGUCGUUUUCGGCGAAACCAGUGGUGGAGUCACGAAACGUCGGCUGAUUUUUCCUUUCCUGCCUUUCUGGCUACCUAAUCUUUAUUCAACUUGUCAUGGGCUAAACCUAUACUAAUACCUUGAAUUAGAGUACAUGAAAAGUUCAAUGUCUUAAUCAAUUAGAGAAGGCUACAGCUCUGCCUCUUACGUCUGGAUUAAGACGGAAUUUCAUUUUUGCAGCGGCUUUUAAAAGAAAUUAGAAGCCCAAUAUGCUGGUGAAUUGGCAGACUGUACUUAGAAAGCUUGCGACGAGCGACUUGAAGAAUGCUUUAAUUUGCUUGGUUUUAAUUUACAGUCAAAGCGACUUGGUACUUUAAACAAGUUCAAGUCCAAGGACCGUUCAAUUCUGAUUGCAACAGAUGUGGCCAGCAGAGGACUGGAUAUUCCUCAUGUGGAUGUUGUUAUUAAUUUUGACAUACCAACACAUUCAAAGGUGACUAUUAAAAAAAAUGUGUUAGUAAGGUUCAUGCAUUACUUGGUAAUCAGAGACAGACGUUACUGACCUCCAAAAAGGACCUUUAAGUCAUACGCCUUUUUCUCAAAGGGUUAACAACGUUAUCUAUCUGGGCUGGGUUGUUCAAAGCUGGUGUAAGAUAACCCAGGGUUAGUGCGAUAUUUGAAUUCAGAUAUGAAUGCUUAAAAAGCGUCAGCCCCGGGUCAGUGCUGAUUGGCCUUCUAACAACCGGCCCAGAUAAGCCUCUUCGUGCCCGUUAGAAUCGUUGCUUGACAAGCAAAAAGAAUGUCUGUGUAAAACUAAGGGGGUACGUAGAUAAAUCGCUCUCCAGUUGAUGAGCCCGUGUCAACCAAUGACUGAUUUUAUUUGUUGUUCGCUGGAAAAUGAUUUAAUGCAGUUGACAGCGCUUUCCUUCUCUUCAACUGUAUCCAGUCCCCGUCAAAUCAGUAUAGAACCUAUUCACACGUACGUGACUUGCUUCCUCUGCUGUUCGCAAUAACAAACUAUUCGCACCAACCAAAACCAACAUCGCCCCAAGAUUGUGCCCACAGCUCACUCGUAACUUAUUGACGUUAUUCAUUUGCCUCUUUUUUAAGGAUUAUAUUCAUCGUGUUGGUAGAACAGCAAGAGCUGGGCGCUCAGGCCGCUCAAUCACCUUUGUUACACAGUAAGUUAUUUACUUCUUAGACCGGGCGGGCUUAGACCCUAAUCUGUUUUAUGGUGAAAGCUAUUCGUAAAUGGCAUGUGACAACUAAGAGACUCUUCCACGGUUUUUUGUUUGUCAACGGUCCAAUCGCGGUAAAAGAGCAACGGCUUCCAUUCGCGGGAAAAUGAGCUGUUGCUGUUAACACAAGUCAAAAAGCGCGGGAAAGAGAGUAACACGCGUUGCCAUGCACAGUUCGACAGUGACAAUGCAUUGUAAUAAGUUAUCAGAACUUGAAACCAAACCGUUUGUUUCGUAGGUACGAUGUGGAACUAUAUCAGAGAAUCGAGCAGCUAAUUGGGAAGAAACUCCCACUUUACCCCACAGUAGAGGAAGAAGUGUUACUACUGAUGGAGCGAGUCACGGAGGCUCAAAGAUACGCGAAGAUGGUAAGAAAAAUACGUAUAAACCUUCCGUAGAAAAAGUGGAAGGUGCUUGGACGCGCACGAAACCAGCUUUGUCCAAGCCUAACCUUGCCAGGUCAUUGCUGUUUCAUUAAGGCGGGUAGACAGUUAUAGGGAGUGAAGUUUCUUGCCCAAAGAAACAACGCAAUACAGAAUUGAAGAUAUGCCAGGUUAUUUCUUGAAGUACUUUCACACGAGCUACCUACUACACCUCUCUAUCAUCAUAACACAGCCGUGGGGAAGAGUGAAAUUAUAUGAUGGGUUGUUAAUAAUAAUGGAAACUGAUCUUCGCAGUAGAAUGAACAACCAAAGCGGCUGAAAAAGAACCUGAAGAAAGUCAGGCUUGACCGGGAAUGGAACCCUGACCUUUGCGAUGACCGGCCACAUCGCUUUAUCGAUUAAGCUAAUCAAGCCAACUGUGUUGUUGUCUACAGGAACUAAGAGAGAUCCAGGAGAAGAAAAAAAGGCCUUUAGAAGAAGAAGGAGAGAGCCAAGAGAUUAGAAUGCCGAGCAAGAAAAAGAAGUUUAAUAGCGCCGGAAAGAAAAAGGGAAAGAAGUUUAAAUAAUGUUCGACAUUGACGGAGAAACAGAAAUUAUGCGCGUGAGAAGUCAUGGGCUCGAGAAAAUGAAAAAAAAAGUUAUCAUCUAAUUCAAUAAACAAUAGUGUGAACCUUCGGCACCCAGCGUACGGAUUUAGAGGUUGAAAGUUGGCUCCGUGAUUUAUCGUGAAUGUUAACACAACAUAUAAAAUAACCACCCUAUAUUCUUCUAGAUACCUCUAUUUCAGCUUGAGUAAAAUCAGGGAACUUGGCAGAUAGGUCCACACAUGAUUUUUCACUUAACUCUAUAACAUAUGUGCAUACAAAGAGCACUAUCUCUCGUAGAGCAAACAUCGUACGCUUUGCCGGCGAGUUAUGAAACAAAAGCGAUAAAGUUUUUACAACCAGCGGCUUCUUUACCCCUCGAAAAUUUUAUGAACAGUAAACAGUG